ACCGAAUCAACCUCACAAUGCCAAGCAUCUCAAUUGUUCUUCCCCGGCCGGGAACAUUCGCACCCGCGGGAGCCCCCAAAUCGCUCCCCGCGCCAUCCGAAGCAGCCUUCACCGCAACCUUCGGCUCUCUCCUCCCCAAAGCAUCAUACCUGCAAACCCCAGCGGGCAAAGCUGCAUACUACUCACUGCCACCUUCAUCGGCCGCACCCACAGACUCCACCGGUCCUACGCGCGUGCUACUCGUGCACGGCGUGCAAACCUGCGCCAUCGGCCUGCAGCCGCUGGCCCGCGCGCUAUCCUCACGAUUUCCCGCUGCGCACUGCGUCCUCGUGGAACUUUGGGGUCACGGCUUAUCCGAGACACCCGUGCGGCCGCACGAGCCAGCGCUCUUCCACGGGCUCCUCCUGGCCCUGCUAGACCACCUGGGUUGGCCUGAUGCGCACUUCGUGGGCUAUUCGUUCGGCGGCUCCACGACCGCUACCUUCGCCGCUCGAUUCCCCGAGCGUGUCGCCAGUAUGGUUCUCGUCGCGCCGGCGGGGUUGCUUCGCGCGGCGCAGUUCGAUGACGUGCAGAGGGGAUGUCUGGCUGGUGGGGGUGAGGCGGUGGAAGACCAGGCGCGCGCCUGGAUUCUGGAGUGGUUGGAGGGUGGGCGCCUGGUUGUGCCGGAGGACUGGAAGGAGAGGGUCGCGCGAGGCGAGGUCGUGGCUGAGGCUGUGCGCGACUGGCAGAUCAGGGAGCAUGCUGGCCAUGUGGCGAGCGUGGUGGGCAUUUUCAGGGAUGGCGGGGUCAUGGAUAGGCACGCGGAUUUUGCGUCCGCGGCGAAACAGGGGAUCAGGACUCGGUGUGUUCUUGGGGAGUUGGAUGAUUUGUGCAGCGUGCGGGAUCUGCAGGUUCUUGGGUUUGCCGAUGUUCAGGUUGUGCCGCAGGUGGGACAUGGCGUUGUGCGGCAAAGCGUGCCCGAGGUUGCGGAUCUUAUUGAGGAGUUUUGGAACAGGGGCUGA